AGAAUUUUAAGACGAACGUACCGGAUAUAAUGGAAAUUAUUUUUUUAAAUAAAUAUGCAAGAAAGUUUAAAAGAUAUUUUAUAAUAUCAAUUCUCUUUUAUUUAAUAGUUUCCAAUGAUCUAGUACUUAGUAAAGGAGGUGGAAAAGGAGGAAAAAGUGGGGGAAGUAAAGGUGGGAGUAGUGGAGGUGAUGUCGAUGUUAGUAAAAAUAAAGUCUCGUCAAGUGAUAAAUCUUCAUAUCCAUCAGGAAAUCAUUCUUCAAAAUCAUCUUCAUGGGUAUUUUUUUAUUCCGGUGGAAAUGGACAACGUUCUUGUGGUAAUUUAUGUAUCCUUACAGCUGCAUUGGUACCAACAAUUAUUUUAUUUAUUAUUGGAUGCGGAAUUUGGAGAUGCUACAGAAUAAGGAAAAGAAAUAGGACUGAUAAAAUAAAUAAAAUUGAAGCUGAUGAAAAUGAUACCAAUAGUUAUAAUUCAGAUUCUACUACUUCACCAUAUUAUCCUCCUCCCGUUGCAACACCAUAUAAUUCAUCAUAUUAUAAUUCUCCAACAUAUUAUUCUACUCCCAAAAAUGAUUUUAAUUAUACCCAAAAUUAUUUGGAUGGCAAUUAUACAAAUUACGCACCUGGUCAUAGUAAAUUAUCACCUCCUCCUAUGGAAUUAAAUCAUGUGAAAAGUAGUUCUAGAAGAGAAAGUUUUGAUUCUAUGGAAGAAGUUAGAAAAAAUAAGAAAUAAUGAAAAAAAAAAAAGAAAUCAGUAAAUCGGAUUUUUUUUUUUUA